GACAAAACUUUUGGCCUAAAGAAUAAAAAAGGUGCAAAACAACAGAAAUUUAUCAAGGCUGUGACUCACCAGGUUAAAUUUGGUCAGCAGAAUCCACGUCAGGCUGCUCAAACAGAAAGUGAGAAGAAAUUAAAAAAAGAAGAUAAGAAAAAAGAAUUACAAGAAUUAAAUGAACUGUUCAAGCCUGUGGUUGCUGCACAGAAAAUUAGCAAAGGUGCUGACCCCAAAUCUGUAGUUUGUGCCUUCUUCAAGCAAGGACAGUGCACUAAAGGAGACAAGUGCAAGUUUUCUCAUGAUUUGUCUUUGGAAAGGAAGUGCGAAAAACGAAGUGUCUACAUUGAUGCACGAGAUGAAGACCUUGAAAAAGAUACAAUGGAUAACUGGGAUGAGAAGAAGCUGGAAGAAGUGGUGAACAAGAAGCAUGGUGAGGCGGAAAAGAAAAAACCCAAAACUCAAAUAGUCUGCAAAUAUUUCCUUGAUGCUAUUGAAAACAACAAAUAUGGAUGGUUUUGGGUCUGUCCAGGCGGAGGAGACAACUGUAUGUAUCGCCAUGCUCUCCCUCCGGGUUUUGUGUUAAAAAAAGACAAAAAGAAGGAGGAGAAGCAAGAUGAAAUUUCUUUGGAAGAUCUAAUAGAAAAAGAGCGUGCUGCCUUAGGACCAAACGUUACCAAAAUUACUCUAGAGUGUUUUAUCGCAUGGAAGAGAAGAAAACGACAAGAAAAAAUUGAUAAGGCCGAGCAAGAUAUGGAGAGGAGGAAAGCAGAUUUUAAAGCCGGCAAAGCAUUGGUGAUUAGUGGACGUGAAGUAUUUGAGUUCCGACCAGAGUUGGUUGAUGCAGAUGAUGAAGAAGCAGAUGACACCCAUUAUAUUCAAGGAACAGGAGAAGAUGAUGAGAUGGAGGACCCAGUGUGCAUAAAUGAGGUAGAUUUGAACCUGUAUGUGCCAAAGGCUGUAGAUGAGACUGGUAUCACUGUGGCUAGUCCUGAGCGAUUCAGCACGUACAGUUCGAUAGAAAAAGAUGAUAAUAAAUUAAGUGAAGCUUCUGGAGGCGAUAUAAACAGCAGUGAGCAAAACAAUUUAGAGGAAGAUAAUGAUGGAGAUGGGGAAUUGGAAAAUGGAGUAAUUGAUGCAGUUCCAGUUGAUGAAAAUCUUUUUACUGGAGAGGACUUGGAUGAACUAGAAGAAGAACUAAACACUCUCGAUCUAGAAGAAUGAAUUAAAAAGCUCAAGUGAGGAGUUAAAUCUAUGUGACAAAGUGAAAACUGACUACAUUUUUUCUCCUUUUUGAAUAGAAUUCUUAAACAGGAUGUUUGUGGCUACCCAGCUGAUUCUGAUGGGCACGUCAUAUACCAGGAAUAUUUUCCUUCAGUCUCAUCUACUGCAAUCUUGACUAUGCUCACAGUAAACUAUUCAGAGUAGUUCAGAAUUACCUGGCAGCUGAAUGUGCAGAAAAUGAGAUUAUAACUUUCAACUAAAAGUAGGAAGUGUAACUGCUUUGCCAGUUGCAAUUUGAUACCAGGUACAGUAUAAAAAUCGAAGUAUUCAUUCUUCACCAGAACUGCAUUUUUGUUAGUGAUUGUGGAUUUAGAAACUGCCUG